GAAGAAGGAGGAAAAGAAGCGGAAGAGGAGGAGUUUCGCGGGCUCGGCAGUCUCUCAGAUCAAGAUGGCGGAUACAGAAGCCUCAUCUGUGAAGAAGAAGAAGAAGGCAAAGAAAGUCAGUGAAGAAGAAGUCGGGGAGAUUCAGCAGAGUGAAGACUUCUUCAUCAAACCAGAGUCUAAAGCUGCAGCUCUGAGCACGUCCCAGUGGCCCCUGCUGCUCAAGAAUUUUGAUAAACUGAACAUCCGGACGGCUCAUUACACUCCGCUCCCCAACGGCAGCAACCCCCUGAAGAGGACCAUCCAGGACUAUGUCAGGUCCGGUUUCAUCAACCUAGACAAACCGGCGAACCCGUCGUCUCACGAGGUCGUGGCAUGGAUCAGGAGGAUCCUGCGGGUGGAAAAGACGGGUCACAGCGGCACGCUGGACCCCAAGGUCACCGGCUGCCUAAUCGUGUGUGUGGACCGGGCCACGCGCCUGGUCAAGUCCCAGCAGAGCGCCGGUAAAGAGUAUGUGGGGAUCGUUCGGCUGCACAACGCCAUAGAGAGCGAGCACACACUGGCCCGGGCGUUGGAGACGCUGACCGGCGCUCUGUUCCAGCGGCCGCCGCUCAUCGCCGCCGUCAAGCGUCAGCUGAGAGUCCGAACCAUCUACGACAGCAAACUGAUAGAGUACGACCCCGAGAGGAGGCUGGGUAUCUUCUGGGUGAGCUGUGAAGCAGGAACCUACAUCAGGACUUUGUGCGUCCACAUGGGCCUGAUGCUCGGGGUCGGAGGUCAGAUGCAGGAGCUGCGGCGGGUCCGGUCCGGCGUGCUGGGAGAGAAGGACCACAUGGUGACAAUGCAUGAUGUGCUGGAUGCUCAGUGGCAGUUUGACCACAACAAAGACGAGCAGUACCUGAGGAGAGUCAUCUUCCCUCUGGAGAAGCUGCUGGUGUCCCACCGCCGGCUGGUCAUGAAGGACAGCGCUGUGAACGCCAUCUGCUACGGUGCCAAGAUCAUGCUGCCAGGUGUGCUCCGGUACGAGGACGGCAUCGAGGUCAACCAGGUCAUCGUUGUCAUAACGACCAAGGGAGAGGCCAUAUGCACAGCUGUCGCUCUGAUGACGACCGCCGUCAUCUCCACGUGUGACCACGGCGUGGUGGCCAAGAUCAAGAGGGUGAUCAUGGAGAGGGACACGUAUCCUCGGAAAUGGGGUCUGGGACCGAAGGCGAGUCAGAAGAAGAUGAUGAUUCAGAAAGGACUCCUCGACAAACACGGCAAACCCAAUGGCAGCACGCCCAACGACUGGAAGGACCAGUACGUCGACUACAGUGUCUCCAAGGUGACCGAGGUGUCAAGUGAGACUCCAGCAAAGAGGAAGCGGGAGGUGCAGGACAGUGACGGCGAGGCGGCGGCGACACAGAGCACGCCAUUGGCAGAGGACGGAAAGAAAGAGAAGAAGAAGAAGAAAGAGAAGCGGGCGAAGCUGGAGGAGGUUGAGCCUGAAGAGAUGGGAACGGAGCCUGGAGAGACGGGGGCAGAGCCUGACACAGAGGUGGUUGAAAGCGCCAAGAAGAAGAAAAAGAAGAAGAAACAGAAAGAUGGCGAGGCGUCGGAGUGACUCGGACACAAAGCAUUCUGGGAGAUUAUGGACUGCAUGACGCAGAUAAGAGGGCACGUUCAGUUUUAUAUAUACAUUUGUUUUUUUUGUUUUUUUAUUUCAACUGUAAAUACCUGACAGGAAGCCUUGUUUGUAAUUGCAUAAUAAAAGUUUGUUUCCUGACAUUUUCACAAA